AUGCUCCUUCCACGCCGACCGACUGCCAGAUGGGCCUUUCGCCCAUUUCGCCAUUGCCAAAUAGCAUUCCCAACAAGACUACAGACAAAACGAGCUUACCAUUCGUACGACCACCCAGACCAGACUGCCUCUUUCAACACCCAAGAAAAGACAAUUCUCUCCGCCGCCUACGAACAUGUCCCGGAGCACGGUUUCUCCCACAAAGCUCUAGCUCUCGGCGCGAAGGAUGCCGGGUAUCUCGACAUUAGCACCAGCGUUUUGCUUGACGGCCCCUUCAGCCUCAUACGUUACCACUUGGUGACGAGGCGAGAGAGCCUAGCCGCCAAGAGUAAGGAAAUCUUCGGCCAGGUCCCAGAGGCCAGCAUCGACGAAAAGGUGGAAAUGAUAACAUGGGAACGGCUUCUGGGAAACGAAGUCAUCGCUUUGGCCAUCAUGGCACAGCCAACUCAUGCUCCUACCUCUUUCAAAGAGCUGGCUAAGCUAGUUGACGAGAUCUGGUUUCUCUCCGGGGACACUUCCGUUGACCCCUCUUGGUACAGCAAGCGCGCGAGCGUGUCGAUGAUUUAUGCCUCCACCGAGCUUUUCAUGACCAAUGACAAAUCCGCUGGCUUCAGGGACACCAGAGACUUCCUUCGACGAAGACUCAAAGAGGUCCACGAGGUUGGUGGUAUACUUGGCUCCGUAGGGCAUUGGGUUGGUUUUACGGCCAGUGCGGGUGUGAACGUAUUGAGGAGCAAAGGGCUCCGAAUCUAG